AUGAGUUCUGGAUUGAUUUCAGGUAGUGAAGUUGGCUUCCAUCCCUACACAAUACCGACCCCUUUGUUCAGAAGAUCAAAUGGGAAAGGUUUUGUUUGUGUUUUCUUCGAUACCCAACAGCCCAAAAUAAGUUUUUCCAUCAAAAAUAGAUCCGGGUCCUUUAGAACGAAGGCCGCCAUUAAUGAUGGGUUCUUCACUACAAGCCUGCAUAUGAAUUUUUAUCAGUUGUUAGGGAUUUCAGAGGAUGGGUCUUUCUCAGAAAUAAAAAAAGCUUAUAAGCAAUUGGCGAGGAAGUAUCAUCCAGAUGUUUCGCCACCUGAGAGGAUGGAGGAGCACACGAAGAAAUUCAUUCAAGUACAUGAGGCGUAUGAGACAUUGUCUGACCCAAACAGGAGAGCUUUGUAUGAUAGGGAUUUGUCAAGUGGUUUGCAUCUGGCUUUCUCAUCUCGCAAAGGCUACGCAUAUGAUGAGGGAUUGGAGGAAAGAAAUUUUUGGAGGAACCAUUGGGAAUCUCAACUUGAAGGGUUGAAGAGGAGAAGCACGAAUAAUGAUUCAAAAGAGAACAUGUCAUGGGGAGCUCGAAUGCGCAGGAGAAGGAAUGAAUCAUCAGCCAACUUAUAAUUUAUUAUUUUUUAUUUAUGCGUAUAUUUUCACUU